ACAAGGCUAUCAGUUCUCUCUCUACUCUCUGACUCUCUCUCUCUCUCUCUCUCUCUCUCUAAUCGACUGUCAGAUUUAGUUAAAAAGGAAAGCCAUCAGAAUGAACACGCUGAUGGAUGCCGUGCAUGGCUAUGGUGUGAGCUCCACACAAUAUCUACAGACUCACUACAAAGACGCACAGGGCUGGUUCCUGUUCAUCUCCAUCGCUGCUGAUCUGCGCAACACCUUCUUCAUCUUCUUCCCCAUUUGGUUCCACCUAAGGGCAUCUGUGGGCAUCAAACUUAUCUGGGUGGCUGUGGUCGGGGAUUGGCUCAACCUUGUUUUCAAAUGGAUCCUAUUUGGAGAGCGGCCCUACUGGUGGGUCCACGAGACGCCAUAUUACGGCAACACAUCUGUGCCGCACGUCGAACAAUUUCCCAUGACCUGCGAGACAGGCCCAGGUAGUCCAUCGGGUCAUGCUAUGGGUGCAGCUGGAGUUUACUAUACCCUGGUCACCUCCAUCCUCACCAUCAUGCUGAGCAGAAAGAAGGCAUGUUCCACUAAAGCACUGUACUUGCGUGGCACCCUCUGGACUCUUUUCUGGACCGUUCAGAUCUGCGUUUGUCUUUCCAGAGUCUUCCUUGCUGCCCAUUUCCCUCAUCAGGUCAUCGCUGGUGUAAUUACAGGUAUAAUCGUGGCUGAAAUCUUCAACAGGCAGACGUGGAUCUACUACGCCAGCCUGAAGAGGUACUGCAACAUCACUCUGUUCUUGACCGUUUUCGCCGUGGGCUUUUACGUUCUCUUGAAGGCCGUGGGAGUGGAUCUGUUGUGGACUUUAGAAAAAGCUCAGAAAUGGUGCGUGAACCCAGCUUGGGUCCACAUGGACUCGACACCGUUCGCCAGCCUGCUGCGUAACAUGGGCACCUUGUUCGGUCUGGGCCUGGGCCUGCACUCGCCGCUCUAUACCGAGAGCAAGAAGAGCACCAGCGUCCCCUACAGGAUCGGCUGCGUGCUCAGCUCUCUACUCCUGCUCCACCUUUUCGACUCCAUCAAGCCGCCGACGCACACGGCGGCGCUCUUCUACCUGCUGUCGUUCUGUAAGAGCGCCACCGUACCGCUGGUCACCGUAAGCAUCAUUCCAUACUGCGUGUCUGGAGCCCUGAGUUUACCGAGCAAGAAACACCUCUAAAAGAACUCCUAAAAGACGACUGUAGUGAAAAUACAAACCCUCAGCGGUAUUUUCCAGCUCUCGUUCUUCACAGCACGUCUCAUCGGCUGUAUUGACUCGACCUCGAAGACGGAAGACGUCCUCGAGCGCCGUAAAAAGGCUGUUUAUUGCUCAGGAUUAUGAUGUUGUGUUUAGAUUACCGUUUUAUUCAAUCUCGUUACUCGUACCUUAGUGCUCUUUAAGUGGACUGAGAACAAGCUUGGCGUCUAGCCCAAGCACACAGACGCUUUUAGACCAGGUUCGUUUUUAAGAACUGAGAUGCAGUACUUUAUGACGGGGGAAUGAAGCACUGUGUCUUAUUUCACACAAUCCGACAGAAAGUGCUGCUUGUAUCGUAAAAUUCAUUAUUUGUGUCUGUGUGUGUGUGUAUAUAUGAAAAUGCUAGAGGCUUUCUGUAAAAUUCUAUUUUUGAAAUUGUUUAUUUUUAAUAAAAAAUUCCGAAGCGUGUGAA